AAAUCUUCGAGCGGAAGUAGCGAUGUUUCGCGCAUGCGCGGUACCAUCUGGGUGAUCGAGACGACCUUAACGUCGCACUACUUAUGAAGAACGCGUCCAAAUCUCCAACGAUGUGGUUCCGCGGUUUGGUUCUGAUCCUCGUUCUGGUCGGUUCGCCUGUUUCCGGAACAUCAAGUCUGAAGAUCUCUGCUGAACCUGGAGAGAACGUCACUCUGAGAUGUGAAGUUACAAACAUUGACCAGAAACCAGUUUUUAAAUGGAACAGAAUUGACCUGCAGGAGAAAGAAAAUGUGUUCUUUUACAGGAAUAACCGUCCUUAUCUUGAUGAUCAGCAUAAAUCUUUCAAGAACCGAGUGUUUCUGAAUAACAGUCAGAUGAAUGAUGGAGAUCUGUCUGUGGUUCUGAAGAACGUGACCAUUAAUGACACUGGAACGUACCAGUGUAGAGUCUUGAAGGGAUUAUCUGCUGAUCAAACGCCCCUCAUCUCCACCAUCCUCCUGCUGGUGUCUCCUCCUCCAGGAGAGGAAGGUGGAGGAGGAAAUGAAGGAGGCAAAGAUGAACAGGGAGGAGGAGGAGAUAAAGAUCAAGCCAAUUGGAGUCUUCUUGGUCUGAUUGUUCUGCCAGUUCUGGUUCUUGUUCUGGUUCUUGUUCUCAUUGGUCUCUGGAUGUACAGGAAGAAAAAAGGUUCAAAUCAAAGUUCCAGAGGUUCCAACGACCAGAAAAAUUGUGAUGGAGGUCUUCUGAACUCAGAAUCUAAAGCAGGGAGAAACACAGCAAACAUUUAACCUGUGGUCUGAAGGUCUCUCCUGUUCCUGAUCUGGAUCUUCUCUGCAGGUCAAAGACUGAAACAUUUCCAAGUAAAAAUCCAAAGAGUCCAAAGUUUCUUCAAAGAACCUCUAUACUCCCAUGGAAUAAUUGUUACAGAAGUUGAAAGUUUCUCCUGCGAGUAACGCUGGAUGUUCCUGAAAGGUGGAGAUCAGAAACUGCAGAUCAUAUGUUUGUGUUCCACAGUGUUGAUCUGCUGGUUCAUUUGAUGGUUUGGUUUGACCGUCAACAUUCCAGCAUUUCAACAUGGCCGCCUUGUUGCUAAGCAGCUGUUCUGAAUGUGCUAGCUCGCUAACGUUAAGGGUUCUUCAUGUCAGCAGAUUGGACCAGAGUGAACUUUAAGACGUGAACAGAAACACCAGGAAUCAUUUUUUUUUUAAGUAAAUGACUCAUGGAUUAAGUACAUUUCUUUAGCAGGGUUUUGGCUACAUAUACGGCUGGGCAAAAUAAUGAUAGAUAUCACAGCAUAACUUUUCCUCAAUAGAUAAAUGAGUAUAGUGAUUGACUUUUAUUUUGGAGGGUCUGAAGUUGACACUCUACAGUUGCAGCGUUUUAUCCUCUUUGUCGAGUAAAAGAGAGAGAUAGUCGCCACAUGGCGAGUACAUGUUUGGUUCUAAUUAUUUAUAUUUAUUACCUCUACCUUUGGUCAAAUGAAAAACUACAACCUGUUGGUUGGUGUGGUAAGCCCCGCCUCUUGACCUUUUAAAAACAUGAAUUAUAACAAUCACCCAAAUCUUUAUGUUUUCAUUCUGUUUUUAUCAUUUCAUAUAAAUGUAACGACAUGGAGACAGAAUUAACAAAUCUCCAGUAAAUCUCUUUUCUCAAUAUUUGAGUUUAAAUUCACAGUUAGACGACAGAGAAAUUCAUAAUAAAGUUAAAGUACAAACCUAAAGUAUUUCUGUGUAUAAUUUAAUGUUCUUUAAAACCUGAAAACAUUAGAAUUAAUACUUUGUUUCUAAUGGAAUUGAACACUUUAUUGGUCUAUUUUAUGUUUUCUAACUUGAAACCUUUAGUAUUCAUUUUAUUUUGAAAACUGGUUCCAUCAUUUUCAGAGCUUCUGUUAUGUUGAAAGUUUGACAGGAAACAAGUAUUUAAAUCUGAACAAGCUGAUCAUUUAUAUCUGAGUCCAGAUGUAACAUCUGUAGUUAUUUAGUUGAUAUCAUGAUAAAUAUUGUUAUCUCCUAAUAUGAAAAUCACUAUAUGGAGAUAUAAAAUUCCAUAUCUUCCAGCCUCA